CCCGGUCAGCACGGAGGGGCAGCUCACCGAGUACUGUAAUGAGACCGGGCGCACGCUGUCACUGCAAACCGAGCAACGUGCGGAAGCGCUGUCAGUACGGAAACCUGGACUGCUUCCGUGGAAAGGGCUCUCCAGCAGAGGGCGCUGUGAGAUUUGAUGCAGCCCCUGCAGUGUGUCCGAUCAUCAUCAGCCCACGCGCCGUCUCUGCUGUGCGGGUCACCCCUCUGAGGAACAUGAGGAGCUCUCCUGAGCUCAUGCCCACUGAGGUGGACCCUGCCCGUGUGUGUAAAGGGAAGGGCGCAGUGACCCUUAGAGCCACGCUCGUGCACAUCAACGAUGAGGACUGUGUUAUCCAGGAGCCAGCUGUGACCCCAGCCAAGCUUACAGGUGCAUGGUUUGGGACAGUCAAUGGAGAUGCCACAGAAACCAGUUUGGCAGAGCAAGGGAUAAACAACACUGGAGCGGAUUUAAAUUCAUCACAGGCCAAAAGGACUCCAACACAGGUUGUGUGUCUUGUAAGCUCUGCUCGGUUGCAGCCCCUGUCCACCUCAGACUCUGUGAGUGGCCUCUCACCCUCAGAGGGCGUGACCUCCCCCGGUUUGUCUAACAGCAGCACCAGCUCAGCCUCCGCUGUGCUGCAGUACCGCCCAGAGGAGAAACGUGGAGCGACUGAUCAGAAUUCCACUCAGAGAGAGCAGAGACCUCCACCUGACAGCCCGCACACCCCCUCCACGCAGAUGGAGGCCACUAGAAUGAGGAUGACUGGGCAUUCACUGUCCCCUGCUCCCCUGGAGAAGCCCAGAGUCCCUGUGCGGAACACAGAGAAGUCCAAGGACUGGUACAAAAACAUGUUCAAACAAAUCCACAGAGUCCCAGAGCCUGUUGAGGAAAACCCAUACCGUCCCACCUACAUUUUCCCUGAGAGCAAUGGCAAGCCGCUGAGAACACGAGAUGACAGUCCUUCACAUAGUGGUGCAGAUGGGCGAAGUGUUCCUCGCUCUAAAAGUGCAGUAGACAUGGGCAGCUCCCAGCCACAGCGCAGGCUCCCUGUGCCCACACGAACAUCCUCCCUACAGCCAGAGAGGAACGAGUGGGAGCCCCCUGACAAGAAAGUGGACACCAGGAAGUACCGGGCCGAGCCCAGGAGCAUAUUCGACUACGAGCCGGGGAAAUCUUCCGUGCUGAGGGUGGAGAGGCCGGAUGUAAGUCCCGAAGAUGUAGAUUUAGAGAAUGAACCUUGGUAUAGAUUCUUUUCAGAGAUGGAGUUUGGAAAAGGGAGUGCCCCCUGUUUCAGCCCCUUGGAAACCGCCUCCGACCUGCAACGAUACCCGGCCUGCAAACCCUACCCCGCAUUAGCAGGCAGGGAAGCCAGUCCGGCCUCCCCUGAGAACACAGCUCCAGAAUGCGACCGGAACAUUUACAAGAGCGUCCUGGAGGGCGGCGACAUUCCGCUGCAGGGCCUGCGAGCGCUUAACAAACGGAACCCCAGCACUUCUUCCAGAGUGGAUUCUAAAGGUGGGAAUGGCUGUAUGUUUGCACCAUGCUCCUCUCUAAAUAGUCACUCAGUUCUUGCCAGUAACACACUAGGUACUCAGAAUAAGACUAAGAAGUCCCUGUCUGCUGCCAAAGCCUGCAUCCCACAAAUCCUACCCUCCAAGUUCAAGCCUAAGCUCUCCGCCACUAGUGACGAAGGCCAGGAGAGGAAGCCCAAGCCUGCGGGCCGGCCAACGGCACACAGCUGUGAGGACCUGCACCGGGAGCCGCCGGCCCUCGCCGGCCCAGAGUCGGCUGACGAGGAUCAUGGCUCGGCCUCUGACUCCGGGGCCGAGCGUCUGGAUGCGUCGCCUCUGAGAAACGGACCUCCUAACGAGACUGUGAGGAGCAUAGCCGAGUUCUCUGCCCUCUACAGGACCAUGCACCACAUACACAGGCCCAACUCGCUGGGUUCCAGCCCGCACGGUAGCGUCCGCAGCCUGGCCUCGCUGUUCGAGAGGCCGGGUGACGCCGCCACCGUGGAGCGGCCUGGGAACAUCCCCCGCGACGCCGUGACAUUUCGGGUGAUGGAGUACGAGCGCAUCAUUCAGUGCUCCAGCCUGGCCCCCACACGCUCCUCAUCCAUGCCCACCCUCUCCAGUGGCCCUAGCUCUUCCCACUGCCUCACCCCCGGAGCCUGCUUCCUUCAGUCAGCACUCUCUGCUGAGUCCUUGGUCAUUCCGGAGCCAGCACACGCGGACGACUGCUCCCUAGUACCUGCGGAGGACCAGGACUCUCAGGAGCCGCGGCUCUCGGGAGUUGCGGAAGCAGAACGCGCGGCCUCCCCUAAACAGAGCCAUACGUCCACAACAGACUCAAGAUCACUCCCACACCCGGAGGGCCAAGCUCAGCGGCAAAACAGCGGCGUGCCAAACACCGCCACAGACACCACUGUGUGUAGUCCCUCCAUACCCUCCACCCCCACAUCAGCGGACUCUCUCCCCCACCACCACCACCACCACCCUGACCACCUCCCCUUCCAGCAGCUUCACCUCAAACCCAGCAAGUGUAAAGGCUCCUGCCCUGCCUCCUACACCCGCUUCACCACCAUCCGCAGGCAUGAGCGUCAGCAGGGCGUUGCCUCCCUCCCCGAGCGGAGAGCCGUCCCUCCCCCCAACCUGUUACUCAUGGGUCCGGCGCCGUUCUCGCUGCGCAGGCCGCCGCACGCUCACCAGGCCAGAAGGACUGCGCUGGCCUCUAAAGCCACGGCCGGCGAGGCGCCCCGGCCGAAACCCGUCAUCCCGCAACGCCUGUCCUCCCUGGAGGUGCUGGAGAGGCUUAGUAACGGGGACGGCUCGCCCUGCGAGGGGCCGAGCGCCGACGAUCUGGCCGACGGGGAACCCGCCGACGCCAAUAAAAGCCAGUGCGGAGGUGGCUAUGCCAAAGACCCUUCUGUGUAGCACGGAGACACCACGGACGACAUGGUCCGUCGUCGCUAUGGAGACAAGGAGAAAAUCCUGGAGGAGCAGAGACGCAUGAAGCGGGAACAGGAGGAAGCCGACAUAGCGUCUCGCCGACACGCCGGCCUUGUGCUCACACAUCAGCAGUUCAUCACCAACGAACGCUUCGGGGACCUGCUCACUAUCAGCGACACAGAGAAGAGGAAAUCCGGACCAGAGAGGACGCCUGCCCUGGCCCUGUUCAACUUCAAAGCAGAGACUCUGAAGGAGCUGCCUUUUCAAAAGGGAGACAUCGUGUACAUCCUCCGACAGGUGGACCAGAACUGGUAUGAAGGAGAGCAUCAUGGCAGAGUUGGGAUCUUCCCCCGCAACUACGUGGAGCUCCUGCCCCCGACAGAAAAAGCCCAGCCCAAGAAGAGCGCUCCAGUCCAGGUUCUGGAGUACGGCGAGGCCAUGGCCCGCUUCAACUUCACCGGCGACACGGCUGUGGAAAUGUCUUUCAGAAAGGGGGAGCGCAUUACACUCAUCCGUAGGGUGGAUGAGAACUGGUACGAGGGCAAAAUAUCCGGAACCAACCGGCAAGGCAUCUUCCCGGUCAGUUAUGUGGAGGUGCACAAAAGACCCCGUGUUAAAAAUGGAGUGGACUACCCCGAUCCUCCCAUCAGUCACUCACCCCAUCGCAGCACGAAUGCCUCCCCACAGCUGGCUCGUAACCGCCUCACCACGCCCCCCCUCCCCUGCUCUCCCUUCCGCUCCAUCUCCCCUGAGGUCCACGCCGUCUCCAGCGAGUGGAUCUCCCUCACCGUGGGCGGGGUCAGCUGCAGCCCCCCGGCCGCCCCUACUCCCCCUCUCCCUCCUCUGCCCAGCACCUCCUACCGCCUGGGCGAGUACCUGCCCCCCUCGUACUCCGCCAGCCCCGUGCCUCCUCUCACGGGCAGCCCCUACUGCGUCUCGCCCGCGGCCUCUCCGUCCACCUCCCCCAUGCCGCCGGCCCACCCUCCCCGGCCGAGCUCGGCCACCCCGUUCCUCACCUUCACCCCGCCACAGGGGGAGGACUUCCUGCUAUUCCCGCCCUCGCCCCGCCUCUCCCGCAGCCUGAGCCCGUGUCGCGGAGCCGGCCUGGAGGGCUGGCUCGGGGGCGGCGCCAGGUUGCAGCAGGAGCUGCAGGAGGGCGAUGGGGCCGAGGCAGACAGGCCUGCCGGCCCCCGCAGGGCCCCGUGCAACUGGAGGGAGAGCCCAGGCGAGCCUCUGAAGAAUGAAGGAGACUACCAUGGGCGAUCCUCAAGAAGUCCACUCAUGUUAUUCGACAUCCAGGAUAACAACAUAAACGCCAACUCGUUCACGGAGGCCGUGUGUAAUGAGAUCAUGAAUAUUGCAGAGACCUCGGUGAGGUACUGCAGCACUUUGUCCCGCCCCUUAGACUCCGCCCACAGACUGAUGCCCCACCUCAGUAAACACUCUCUCAUCAUUUCCCAGCAACCCCAGUCCCAAAGCAGCAGCCCUGAACCUGGACGCCUGAGCUGCGGCAUAUUCCAGGCACUCUAUAGCUAUGUGCCACAGAACGACGAUGAGCUUGAGCUGCAGGAGGGAGACCUCGUGAACGUCAUGGAGAAAUGCGACGACGGCUGGUUUGUCGGCACAUCCAAGAGGACUAAGCAGUUUGGCACUUUCCCAGGGAACUAUGUGAAAGCUGUUAACCUGUAACAUGUGAAAGUGUGUGAUCUGUACAACGAGAACCUAUCGCUCUCCGUACAGCUACCUGAGUGACGCCCCAUUACUGCUGAGCUCAAGUCAUUGUUAUUCCCCUUCAGUAUUGUAUCUCGGCCAGCUGAAUGUCCAGGUAUGUGAUCAGAAAGGUGUGUGGCAUGUCAGUGAAGUAUGGAAGUAUGGUACAGUAAAAUGUAAUAUAAUGGCUUUUCAACCUUCACUUCUCUUACAAAGGACACAGAAAUGUACCCUUGUCUCAUUGAAAAUGAACCAUCCUUAAUAUAUUUUUUUAAAAAUACAUAUAUAAAAAACUUAUUUUAUUUUAAAUUUUUAUCACUGAAAGUACUAAGCCAUGGUGCACAUUACUACUGUAUCACAUACCUGACAUUAACACAGCAGUAAUCCUGAAGUCGACGAAACACUAAUAAACUCACUCGGCAGUCUCCCAGUUACUCUGCGUUGAAUGUGUAAUGGCCUCACAGUGCGUUGCAAGGGGUCAGAAGGUUAAAGGACCAGGCAAAGGUCAGAAAUACCACACAUGGAUCUAAGAAAUAAAUAUGGAAUUAACUUUGGACCCUCUGUAUAUCCACUGCUUUUGAGAGCAAUAUAGAUUUAUAGGAUACAUUUUAAAGUUUGUGGUGUGAGUUUCUGUUCAUAUAUGGUGUGAAAGUGUUGGAAUAAAGGCACUAAUGGUUAUGUAUUCAGCGCCUUAAUCUAAUUGAAAUAAUUGUCUCAAACUAUUUCUCAGAACUGCUUGGCUAAAUAACUUUUUUUUUUUUGUCUCAGAAUGGAGUUCAUUUUCAGUUCAUAUGAAUGGAAUAUGGGAAGCGUGUUUUAAAAAGAGACCCUGCCCGUGAUGUUUAACUCACGCAUGACGGCAACGCUUGCUGUCCAUCCUGCCAUCUGUUUUAAAGCAGAUUUAAUACACAAAAAUAAUGCCAGCUUAAUGUUGAUGACUAAAUCAUGCUAAAUGUUUAUCUUCUUUUUUUGGUGUUUGUAGAUAAAUUAGACAGGGAUAAUGAAGCACUUAGUAGUGUGACUUAUGUUGCAUCUUAUUACUUGGUGUAUAUACUACAGCGGUGUCUCAGGUCCAGGGCAGAGGGGCAAAGUAGGGUAUCAGGGGCAGAAUUCCUGCGCUCAUGUUUUCAAGAUUAAAGAAAGAUUGAGGAAAAACUUGUAUUGUUAGGAGAAUGUUAUUUUAAAGUCAAUUUGAGAAUUAAGAUGAAUAAUUUUAGAGAAUGGAGAACAAAAGUAUUAUUUUGGUGAAAAAAAGCUAUUUCCAGUGUUAAGGAAGGUAGUUUCUCUGGUAUAUUCUUAACUCUCCAACUUUAUUUAUGGAAUGUUUUGCCUGAUCACAACAUAUAUAUUUUUGUUCUCAUUAUCUUCUAAGUAAUACUUUAAUAUAUUGUAGCAUUAGUGUCCUUUAAACUAGCCUUUCUUGCAGCACUUAUGCCCACUCAGGGUGCUGGUGUAUUAGACAUUUUAGGCCUAUGUAAUAUAAUUGUUUUUUUUUUCUUUUGAGGGAAUGCAUGCAUAAGCAAGUGUUCCUAAAACCUUUAACCUAGAUAGCCAUUACCAGUUCCAUGAUGCCGUGGUAGGACGGUGAACAUGUGACAGUUAUGUUUGGAAUUUGUGAUCCACAUGCAAUGACAUACCUCCACCCAAUCUCAAAGUGCCAUUUACACGAGUAAGCCACAUUUGUUAUUUUCUCCAAAUUUGAAUGCGGGAUACUCAAUAAGACAGCUCUUUAUCCUUGUUUUGAACAUGAGUUUAGUUACCUGUACUUUAACUGCAUUUCAGGUAUGGUUUCAGUUGAACAGAAAGCAGAAUUUUUGAUUGUUCACUAGGACCGUUGUGAAGACAUAUCAUGCAUGGGGUUUGUGUAGUGUUACUCUGACAACCAUGGGUGUUUAAGCUUAUGAAGGUUGGAUACUUCUGCUCCCCACAGUACUGCGCUGUCUGUUUGCUAACAUGCCGGGGCGUGUAAGUGAUGAGCUUGUGCCUUGUCUCAUCAAGGCGAUGAUAAUCUGCUCCAUAUGUCUGGUCCAUCUAUCCACUCAGUUACAUCAACGUUAAGGUAGUUGUAACACGCAUAUGAAUAUAGUGUCUUGAGAAACCUGGGCUUUGGACAUGCGCAAUGUUUGAGAAUCAGUUUUCUCCUGUCAUAAUUGUAAAUAUGUAUAGUAUAAAUGAAUGAAAGUGUUUGACGCUAAUACAGCCUUUAUGAAUAUAGCAGUUUAUACUACAUGAAGAAUUUUGAAAGCACAGAAGGUUGCUUGGCACAGAAGGUCUGAUGUGAAUGAAUGCCAGAUAUCUGACACUGUGUUAGGACUGAGAUAUGCCUUGUGUUUCAUGGCUUCGUUUAACUGUGCCUCCUUUUUGUUUUGCCUUGAUUUGUUUUCCAUGCUCCUCUGAAGGAUACGGUACUUGUUUCAGCACAAGUGUGUCAUGGGGGACAAUGACCAAGAGCCUGACUGCAGUCACCAGAGUUCUUAAUAACACGUGUGACAUGAUGCCUGUCGUGCAUAAUAAUAAUAAUCAGAAUUAUGUGAUCUUCCACGUGCAGAGGCUCACGUUGCAGUUGUUGUUGUUUUCCUUUAUUUGCGGUGCUGUUAAAGUACAAUAUUGGAUUUAAAACGCACUAUUUACUGCUGUGAUUUCAUUAUGCAAUAUUUAAUAAACUAUAUUACAGCUUUU